AUGACAUCCAGCCAGUCCAGCAGUUUCACGCCUGCCCCCCUUGACUCCGCUUGGCCCCCGGCCCACGUUUGGGAAACCAUGGACGCGGCAGACCGUGCCAGUUGGCUAGGACAGAUACAGAGAGAAAGGGCCAGGCGCCUUGAAAUGGAUGUAGCGGAGACAGACCUCCGCCACAGAAGGCCUCGUGGGGACCUGCAAGGUGACGAGAAUCUCGAGGAAAACCAGAAGUCAGCCACCGAGCUAGAUCAGGAGGAUAGAGUCUCCAAGAUGACCGACUUGGGAGGCUCAGUAGGCUUCAAGAAGGCAGCAGCGUCGCUUAAGGACUGGGGCCCCAACCCUCAAAUAUGGACGACCUGCUUUCUCGCCUAUCUGGCCGUUGUGGGAUAUCUCUUCAACGAAAAACAUCCCAAAGCAGUUCCCAAUCUACUCAUGUUUAUGAGGCAGAUCCUGGACUUCGCCCAGACUUAUCAGUGGUCGGAAGCAGUCCUCCCACUUGCCCUUAAUUUCCACCAAUACAUAAUGGAUAAAGGAGAGUUAUCGACGGACAACUACCUGGUCACAGGUCCAUUUCGCGCAAAAUACCUCCGCCACAAUCUCACCCUGCCUGCGAAGUCACCAACCAACCCUUCUACCCAGCCACGUCAGCCUAGGAAUACCAGGUCUUCGAAUAAUGCGACAGAAGUCUGCAAUAAGUUCAAUACGACAGGGUGUUCCUGGGAAGCCUGCAAGAGACGUCAUGAGUGCACGGCAUGCGGCCUAAUCGAGCAUGGCGCCUCCUCCUGCCGCAAGAAGAAAUAG